AAUGUACAUACGCUACCACAGAUAGAAUGUGGCCGAUGCCGGAACGCGGUGUUUUGAGGGGUCAUACUCAUUGACUGAUGCUUGCUUCCGCCUAUUUAUGGUCUGAAAAUGAAGAUUCAACUCAGCUAGUAAUUUAAGACAUUCUUCGCUAAUUUUGUGGGGUUGCUGUUGCUGUUGCUGUUGCUGGAGAGAGAUGGAGCUUGAUCCAAACGCCGGUUCAUCUGAGCACCCAAGUUGUUCAUAUCCAAGCUAUAGGGAAGAAGAUGUGGCUAUAAAUUUGCAUAGCCAAGCGGUUAGCGAAGGAUGUACAGUUUCUCUCGAUCGAAUGCGUGGAAUGGUAAUAAAGGCUCUUCAGCCUGCUGCUGGGAGGCUUUUGAGGGAAGGGACUCGGAAUGAGUUUUCCGAGGAAAGGAGUCUACAGCUGAAGUUCUUAGAUAAUAGAGUAGCCGAUACUGUGACAGGGCAGGAGCUUAAAGGGUUAAAAGGUGGGUGCCUGAAGUUGGUUCUGCUUGAUCCGAACGGGCAUACUGUGACCUGUGGCCCUGGAUCUUCUGCAAAGGUGGAGAUACUACUUCUUGAGGGUGAUGGUGAUGAAAGCAACAUGACUCUUGAAAAGUUUGACAGAAGCAUCAUUCAAAAAGGAGAUACAAAGAAGCCGCACAUUUCUCCUAAAAGUGGCGAUAUAUUGCUCAAGAAGGGUGUUGCGGAUUUGAAUGAUAUUAAGCUGGGACACGACAGUGACUGGAGUAGGUUGUGCAGCUGCAGGCUGGGGGCGAGGAUCGCACAGAAUCUUAAAGGAACAACGGUGCAAGAAGCAUGGACUGCACCAUUUAAGGUCAAAGAUAAGCGCGGCAACCAGUAUGGCAAAUUUCUGUGUCCAUAUCUUACUUCUGAAGUUUGGAGAUUAAAGGGAAUUGACAGGACUGGCAAGCGCCGUGAUAGGCUGAAAAAGAAACACAUUGAAACUGUGCAAGAUUUUUUGUUUUGGCUCCAUGUCAAUCCCGAGGAGCUCCAAAACAAAAUAUUACGUGUCGGUGAUGGACAAUGGAACACAAUAUUGAGUAAUGCUCAGAGCUGCAAAAUUGAUUGUGAAAAGAUGUUCUGUCACAUAUCCGCAACCGAACCCCAAAGAUUUGUUGUUUAUGAUUGUGUGGGAAAAAUCAAGGGGGAAAUGAUAGAGUCCCAGUUUGUUGGGAUUGAUAAUAUGUGUGCUGAUCAAAAGGAUGGUGCACUCAAGUUACUGAGAUCUGCAUUACAAAGGGCCUCUGCAUUAUACGAUGAUGAAAAUGAGUUUACAUACCCAAUCACAAGCACCAUCGGUGGUUAUGGGCCUCUUGGAUCAAAAGAAAGAGGAGAGGUGCCCAAACCUGAUCCUCAGUUCACCCCUCUUCAUACCUCAGAUUAUGAUUUGCAGGAUUUUGAAAUAGGCUUCGAGAAUGAACAUUCUUUUCCAGGAGAUGAGCAAUUUAGUGGAAAGUGGAGUGCAGCAGGUGGCGAGAUGGAGGGAGUUGGAGGUUCAAAGGAAGGCUCAAAGUCCGCAUUAACAGUGGAUCAGCAAUUGGUUUGUGAUAAUGAUUUGUACUACGACUUCCCUGGCAGCCCAAACCCCAUGCUGUAUUAUAGUUCACAUAUUCUGAGUGCUCAGGUUGCUAAUCCGCCAACCAAGUGGUGGAAGAAAAUCUCCAAUGUUCUCAAUGGCAACCAUUCAGGUGUUGUGCAGCAGGGCUCAUCAAUGUUUACAGCAUGGAGAGUUUGUGGGGGUCGUGCCUAAGAUUGAGCACUAUGGCUGUUAAGUUGAUAUGCCUACGAAUCCAGAUGUGGGUUGUAUGGAGGGCUUUAUUCAGUGCCUGCAGAAUUAAUUCCAAUCAUAGUUUUGGAGAGCACAUAAUUACUUGUUUUGAGCAACUCAACUGUGGUAGAUAUUAUGGAACUAAUGUGCUGUUCUCCAAAAGAAUCUCAAGUUCGGAAGGUUAUGGGCACGUAGAAUAAUUCAGCAGAUAUCGGAUGUAGCUGGAUAGAGGUAGAUAGUGUUGUUCAUGAGUUCAGUUCAGAGUUGCUGAUGUAUUUCACUCUCAGAUAGCUGAGAUCCCAGAGAAGUUAUAUGAGAUAUUUAACAAUCUAACAUUUUUGAAUGAUCUGUACUUAACAA